UCAAUUUCAAAUUUCUCCAUUUCUACCUCUCCUUCCACGACCAUGAGAAUAGCUUUCCUCCAUCCAGAUCUCGGAAUCGGCGGUGCAGAACGUCUCGUCGUAGAUGCUGCGCUUGGAUUGCAGGAGCUGGGCCAUUCCGUCGACAUUUACACGUCUCACCACGACCCCAGUCACUGCUUUGAGGAAACCAAAGAUGGAAGCCUCUCCGUGUUCAACGUUAAACCUCCGGUUCCCCGUGCCUUCAAGGGAAAGUUCCAUAUCCUCUUCGCACAUGCUAGGCAACUGCACCUUACGGCACAUAUUCUCUUAUUCUCAUCCAAAAAGUAUGACGUAUUCUUUGUCGACCAACUAUCAACGUGUAUACCCUUCCUUCGCAUGCUGGGCAAAACUAGAGUCGUAUUCUACUGUCAUUUUCCGGAUAAGCUGCUCGCGAAUGGCGCGUUCAUCGAAGGAUCAGCGAUGCGGAAACAGGGAAGUCUGUUGAAGAGGAUUUACCGUUUUCCCAUGGAUUGGUGGGAGGAAAUAUCAACUCGUCAAGCAGACAUAAUAUUGGCCAACUCUCGAUUUACUGCGCGCGUAUUCAAGUCGUAUUUUCCCUCUAUAUCCGAGACCCCAAGGAUAGUGUAUCCAGGUAUCAACAUUGCUGCGUAUGAGGCUGCGGUUGAUACCUCGGAUCCUGAUGUUAUUUCUAUAGCUUCCGACUGUUCUUCCUUUAUCUCUUUAAAUCGAUUUGAGAAGAAGAAAAAUGCAGCGUUAGCCAUUGAAUCUUUUGCUCAGGCCCUACCCAACCUUGCGCGCAGGACGCGUCUUAUUAUUGCCGGAGGAUAUGAUCCCCGGCUUGAAGACAACAUGCUCACCCUGUAUUCGUUGAUCGACCUGGCGAAGAAACACGACUUGAAAUAUGAUGUGAUCACCCCCUCUACCCCCAAUGCUGUCAAAAUCCCCCCUCUCAAUACUACUCGCGAUAGCCCUGACGUUCUGUUCCUGCUCAACUUCACUACCGCCCAACGUUCCUGGCUGCUGAAGAGUUCGUCGACCAAAGCUCUGCUCUAUACACCGACAAAUGAGCACUUUGGCAUCGUUCCUGUCGAAGCCAUGAUUUGCGGUUUGCCAGUAUUAGCGUGUGAUAGUGGAGGGCCCGUCGAAAGUGUUGUGGAUGGACCGACAGAUCAGCGUACAGGUUGGCUACGGGCCCCUCAAGCUGAUUUGUGGGCCGAAGUCCUAAAGGAGAUCAACAGCAUGGGUGAGGCAGAUAGGAACGCUAUUUCGGAGAGAGCGAAGGACCGAGCGAGGCAUGUUUUUAGCAUGGACGCGAUGGCUCUGUCGAUAGAAGAAGCGCUGAAGGAAGCAAUUGCGAUGGGAGAGCCAGGGAUUAGUCGAGGAUGGGAACUCUUCGGGGUGAUGUUGAUAGGUUUUCUGUUUGCUUACCUCCUUGGCCCAUGGUUAAUCUGACAAGCUCUGCGAUUUUAUCAAGAUAUAUUAUCAUUACUCGUACUUGGACAUUCUUGCGGAUAUUUGUUUAUGCAACGUUUCUCCCGAAUCAACCCCAGA